ACUGCUGAGUGUCUACUUUGUUUUAGAGUGCUGUCGCUUUUCCGUAGUCGCGAAUCCCGCGAUCGAUGAAUACUGCGGCAUUUUACUCACUUCGCUGUUGAGGUUGCUUGGCCUCUUAAAAUUCUGUUAAAAUGGGGAUAAAAAGGUGUUUAAUUUAUUCCUUGGACAAAGAAAUCCAUGCGUCCUAUCCGGAAAUUUUGACGGAAUCGGCUUUGGUGCUAUGGUUCGCCUGUCAGAUUUGUUUGAAAUUUGGACUACACGUUUUUUCUGAUUGGCGAACCAGUCGGUUAGAUCCUGAUGAUUACAACUACUUCGAUUCCCUGCUCGAACUGUCUGGACAUAAGGUUAACGCUUGCUUCUGGGAUGACGUCAUGUCGGGCUGGAUGCAACCGCAUCCGCUCACCGUUAACCAAUCGGCUUUGGUUGGACUGGUUGUGGCUGUCCCUCCGAAAUUGACCAUAUUCUUGGGUUUCACAGCCACCUGGUUGACCGUUGUCCUUACGGCUAUCUUAAGCAUCUCACUGGUUAUCCUGGUAAGCGCCAACCGCCUCUGGACGUCCCCCGUAUCAAAGGACCAAAUGUCGCACUGCUUUGAACUGGCGGCCUUCAUCCAAGAGCAGAGCCGGAUUGCCGCCAUAAUGCAUAUCCCACUGGACAUAAUGAUGUUGCUUUAUGCGGUGGCCGUAACCGGCCUCUUCUUUCUUCGCUUUGCUAACUGCAUGGUCAUCAGCGCCGUACUGGCGGUGUGUGUUUCAUGGCUAGCAGUUAGAUUGAUAAUUACUGUACUUGAUCCAUCCGCGGUGCAGUCGUGCUGUAACGUUAACACUAAAAUGUCCUCUUACGUCAUGAUCUUCAUGUAUGCGAUGACCAGCGCCUUUAGCUUCACUAUUUACUAUGGUAUUUGGAUAUUAUUCAGCGCAGUGCCGGUGGUUCUUCUGGCGUGGAUGGCCGUUGUACUGGCCAUAGCUGUUUGUGGCCCGUCCGCGGUGUUCCCCGGUUGUAUUUUCUUCGCUGCCAGUUUGACCGCUUAUUGCGCCGGCAGAAUUUGGGGAUUGUGGAUGAAUGACACCUACUACGCACAGAUUAGAAAGGGAAUCAGGACGUUGACUGCGGGGAGAUUCUCCGCGAAAUCUUUAUCCAUGGAUCCUUCACCGAAAAAGGCGUUCGCAGGAACGGGCGAGAUUCAGAAGGCAGGACCCUGGAAAAACGCCUGCUGCAGCUUUGUAGCCUUUGCUCUUGGGUGCAUUGGCGUCUAUUACAAUGUCUGGUCAUUGUAUCAGCUGUUCCCCGUCGUCAAUCAAUGGCAAAGCAACACCGGAAGCGCCAACUGGACGUACUGGCAUUGUGUCAACACGACGGGAACUUGCAGCAAGCAUGCUACUGGAUUCGAGCAAGGCACCGCAAUGCUGUCCUACUGGGUGGAUCUGCAGACCGAGGAGCUGCGCUCGAUGCAUUGCAGCAAUUCUGAGCUGCUGGCCAACUUCACCCCGUCCUUUCCAUCCGGCACUGGCUGGGCGUUUUUGGGGUGGUGUGCAGGGCUGUCAGGCGCCAGUGGGAUACCCUUUACGGCCUUGCAAUACGCGGAAGCAUACAUCGUUACCAUUAUCCUCGUGGUCAUCGGCGGACUGCUCGUUCGUGAUGGCGUCCGUAUCUGCUAUAACAAGUGGCAUCAGCGUGUCGUCAACGACGAAAGUCUUGAUUUCGACGACAGCGAUAAAUCUUCGAAGCCGGUAACGUUACCUGUGGACCUUGCGGCAGAGGAGACCGGUACACCGGACAGUUCGCCCUUAGAUCAUUUCCCUGCACCAACUCAAGCGGAGAUCUGCACAGAGCCAUGCUAUCAUUCGCACGGGAACGAUAUGGCCAAACAGGAGAUCCCGGGAGAAAAAUUAAUGGACUUAGGCGCGCACGUGUCUAUUGUGUGCGUACCCAAGGCUCUGACGUCACAACCCACAUCAUCCUGCUUUUGCAAGAGACUGCGCUACUGCGUGUUUGAGGGAGUGAACGGUGUGUGGUUAUUCUUACUGGCCAUCCACUGCCCGCUAAUCGGCUUACUGCUGCCGUAUUCCCUGGGGGGAUUAUUCUUGCCUGAACAGUUGCACUGCCCGGUCUUCUUCUGCUGUUGAGCGCGUACACUGUUUGGAUGUAUCUCUGGCUGAUAGAGUUUCUGCGGCAGAUGUGGAGCGUCGUGCGAUCCGGGAAAAAAAAGUACAGAGACUGCGAUGCUCAGUGUGGAGACGGCAUCGCAGCGGACAAGGCCAAGCGUCAAACGGCGGAAGCGCUCUGCAUCAAAUGAUUCGGUUAUUGCUCGGUUCUGAGUACAUUUGCGGCAUCAGGCAGACGAUUAUUGCCGUAAGAAAGGAUUAAGCAACCGUUGAUAAAUAGAUCGAAUGAUAAAUUUCUAGCAUUGAGAUUAAGCAAGUCGGCUUAUUCUGAAAGGCAUAAAAGUAUGAACCUUGCAAUAUUUUUUAUUAUGAUUUCUAAAUACACGGAAGUUAAUGCCCGGGUAGGCCGUAAGGGCAAGUUGGUAUACAGUAAAGGUCUUGAUUUUUGUAUCUUGAAUUUUGGAAAAUCAGAAAUUGCUUACCGUAUCUGCAAUAAUUCUGCCCGAUGCCGUACAACGCCGCCCGCAUUAUUAGCUCGUAAUGUAACCUCGCUCGAAGUGAUCACUGCGUUUAGCUCCCAGGCUGCCCAUCUGUAGCAAAGAGUACCGCGAUCCCUGGCUGUACGUUCAGAAAUAAUUGAGUGUUGCAGUUGACAAAUGCCAUUCCAACGUCAUACACGGAAACCAGAAAAACGAAUUUUUGAAAUUUUCCUUUCACAUUUAUUUUACCAAAAACCAGAUCUUACAUCCAACGGCUUCUAUGAGGGCCGAGCGGUGACCUAUAGUAGACAGUACAGCUUUGGCAAAACAACAGCAAUAUUUCGAGCGAGUGUACAUUGCAAACUGCCAAUAUAUAGAUACUACAGUACCUAAAUAAGCAGAACCCAGAAAACAUCGGCCGCCGGAUCAUCAUGUCGAUUGAAAUUUCAAAAACUCCUUCGGAAUUCGGAUUAUCUCCAUAAUGUCAUCCGCUUGCGGCCUUAAUUACAUACACCACGUUCGUGACUAAGGAAUCCGACCGUACACCGAAUCAUCCAAAGCUUUUCUUUCAUGUUGUGCGAUGAUCUGCUUGUCACUUGCGGAAGGGCAGGUAUACCCGGCUAAACCGCUGCUGCUUUCACGUCCGACAACCGGCUUUUUUUAUAGUGAUAGCCUGUGCGCCUGUGCUACAUUUUGUGCAAGAUUGGGACAUGUGUAAAUAACGAUAAUUCAUCAUUCAACACAGAAUCUCAUCCCGCCUUCGCGUCUUCGUUUCUUCUUCAUUUGUAUAAAAAGUAACUGUUGGUUCGCGCAUCUUAAAUUACGUAUUAAAUUCAUGAUUAGUUUUAUAACUCAUUCGUGUCAAAUGCAGUGUUUAAUGCAAGUUUUCAGUUGGCUGUAAAAAAUGUUUGAA